GGGAGAGAGGGAUUGGGAUCGAGAGAGGGAAGGAGGGAGAGAGAAGCUAAACAGGUGGUCUGAAAACACACAGAAAACAAUGUCGUCCGGCGGGGAGAAGCGGAAAGGCCGUCAGUCCUCGCUUCUGUAAAGGAAUACCAGCACAGCUGCGGAGCCGAACAAACAAAAAACCCAUGCUCCUUUUUUAUUUCCACGCGGAUUCCUCCUCCUCCUCCUCUCGGUUUUACUCCGAAUCUGGGCAAGAUCUCGGAUACUGAACCAUGAAAGUCACGGUGUGUUUUGGCAGGACCCGGGUGGUGGUGCCGUGCGGGGAUGGAAAUAUUAAAGUCCACACACUCAUCCAGCAGGCUGUCAUGAGAUAUAAGAAGGCUAUCGCUAAGGAUGCCAGUUACUGGCUGCUGGUGCACCGGCUGGAGCACGGCGACGGCGGCAUCCUCGACCUGGACGAUGUUCUCUGCGACGUGGCCGACGACAAAGACAGGCUGAUCGCAGUGUAUGAGGAGCAGGAGCCCCACCAUGGAGGCGAUGGCACCAGCGCCAGCUCCACAGGGACCCAGAGCCCCGACCUGUUUGCUGCAGACCUCAGUGCUGGCAGUGGAGCCUCGGCCUUCCAGCCCUACCAGGCCGCCAGUGAGAUCGAGGUCACGCCAUCGGCCCUGCGCACCAAUAUGCCCCUCCACGUGCGGCGCAGCAGCGACCCCGCCCUGCUGACCAUCAACGGGCCGCUCAGCAGCGGCGAAUCACGGGUACAAACAGAAGAACCGCCAUCGAGGAAGAACCCAACACGCUGGUCCACCACCGCCGGCUUCCUGAAAGUUCGCCACUCCUCUGGCACCAACAGCCUCGAGAGGAAGGGUAAAGCUAUGGACACGUACCGCAGUCUGCCGCGGGAUGCAGGGACAUGGGCCAAUCAGAGAGAGUUUCAGAGAGAGACGGCCCGCUCAUCGCUCAGCGCCAAUCACCCCAUGGUGGACCGCUGGCUGGAGAGACAGGAGCAGGAGGACGAGGCCAGAGAAGAAGAAAACGGCAGGAUUGAGCCGGUUGGCCGAGCCGACUCGUGCAUGGACCACAACCCUGUCAGGUCACUAGAUUUAAUAUGCAGAGACAUAGUCAAACUGGUGGAGGUGUCAAACGACGGUGGGCCCCUGGGAAUCCACGUGGUGCCUUUCAGUGGCAGGGACCGCAGGACUCUUGGCUUGUUGGUCAAGCGUCUGGAGAAGGGAGGCAAGGCCGACCAACAGGGCCUCUUCCAGGAGAAUGACUGUAUCGUCUGUAUCAAUAACGGAGACCUGCGAAACAUCCGCUUUGAACAAGCCCAGAACAUGUUCCGUCAGGCCAUGCGCUCUCCUGUCAUCAUGUUCCACGUGGUGCCGUCAUCGAUGAAGGCCAACUACGAACAGCUGUCCCACGCUGAGAGGAACCCGGCGUACGCCUCGGGCCGUUUCAGCCCCGACUCCCUGACUGGCAGCACCGUCUCCGGCAUGGACCACACCCCGCAGAGGGUGUCCCGACACGGCUCCCAAACUCACCCACAAUCCCAUCUGCACCCUCAAUCCCAUACUCACUCAGAGCAGACCGACGGCUACCCCCCUCUGGCUCACCCUAUGGUCUCUGCAGCCAAGCCGCCGACAGGCCACACGCCUUCGCCUCAGAGGGGGCUCAACGCCACGCCAACAGGAGGAUUUACCAAAAAAGUUGGGAGGAGGCUCAACAUCCAGCUAAAGAAAGGUCCCGAGGGACUCGGCUUCAGUAUAACGUCCCGGGACGUUCCCAUCGGCGGCUCGGCGCCCAUCUACGUCAAGAACAUUUUGCCUCGGGGAGCUGCCAUCCAAGAUGGCCGCCUCAAGGCAGGAGACAGAUUGCUGGAGGUGAAUGGAGUGGACCUGAACGGGCGCACCCAAGAGGAGGUGGUGUCUCUGCUCCGGGCCACGCCCAUGGGCGGUGCCGUGGGGCUGCUGGUUCUACGCCAGGAGGACACUUUCCUCCCCCGAGACGCGAAUGCUGAGCCCCAGAUGCAAAGCCCCAGAGAUGUGCAUCCAAGGCAGCCCGUGACAGCUGGGAAACCCCAUUGGCUGAUUGAGAAGAGCGAGGAGGACGAGUUGGUCCUGACUCCAGACGGGACCAGAGAGUUCCUGACCUUUGAGAUCCCCCUUAGCGACUCCGGUUCAGCUGGGUUGGGUGUCAGCGUCAAAGGCAAUCGCUCAAAGGAGAACCACGCUGACCUGGGCAUUUUCGUCAAAUCCAUCAUUAAUGGAGGGGCAGCCUGCAAGGACGGCCGGCUUCGAGUGAAUGACCAGUUGAUUGCUGUGAAUGGGGAGUCGCUAUUGGGCAAAACCAACCAGGACGCCAUGGAGACGCUACGCAAGUCCAUGUCAACGGAAGGCAACAAACGCGGGAUGAUCCAGCUCAUUGUGGCCAGACGAGUGGCCAAAAGAAAUGAGGGGAGCCCAGGGAGCCCGCUGGGGGGCAGCCAGCAGACUAUGAACACCUCCCUGGAUGACCACGAGCGCCGGAUCUCCCACUCUUUGUACGGUGGCCUGGAGGGCCUUGAUGACAACUUGAUGCCACGACAGGGCAUGAUGCCACGCACAAUAGGAAACUAUCAGCUCUCGCCGACCGUCAACAUGCCGCAGGACGACACGGUGAUCAUAGAGGACGACGGGCCACCGCUCCUCCCUCCCAACCUCUCCGACCAAUCAUCGUCCAGCUCCCACGACGAUGUGGGCUUCACCGCUGACAUGACGCCGCCCUGGGCCAAAGAGCUGCCCCCUCAGAAUGACAGCUCCCUGAAUCCAGAUGAAAAUAAUCCAGACGGCAACUUCCAAAGGGAAGGCUUUGGGCGCCAGAGCAUGUCGGAGAAACGCACCAAGCAGUUUGGAGACGCCUCUCAGCUGGAGAUCAUCAAGACACGCAAGUCCAAGAGCAUGGAUCUAGUAGCCGACGAGAUUAACCUCACCCCUCGUCCAGACACCAACACAGGUUCUUCCACAAAAGAUGUGGGACCAUCACUAGGCUUAAAGAAGUCCAGCUCUCUCGAGAGCCUCCAGACGGCUGUUGCCGAGGUAACCCUCAACGGGGACCUCCCCUUCCACCGGCCGCGUCCCCGUAUCAUCCGCGGGCGGGGCUGCAACGAGAGCUUCCGAGCCGCCAUCGACAAGUCCUACGACCGACCCGCUGCAACGGAAGAAGACGAUGAGGGCAUGGAGACAUUGGAGGAGGACACGGAGGAGAGUUCCCGAUCAGGGAGAGACUCUGUGUCCACGGUGGCCGACCAGACCCCGCUGUCCGCCAACGAGAAACCCCUGGUCAACGGCACCAAUCGCACCAAAGAGGAGAAGAAGAAAGACAAAGACAAGGGAGGGAAGGAGAAGAAGAAGCCGGAGGGAGGGAAGGAGAAAGACAAGGGAAAAGCCAAGAAGGGCAUGCUGAAAGGACUCGGGGACAUGUUCAGGUUUGGGAAGCACCGUAAAGACGAGCGGCCAGGAGAAAAGCUGGAUCGUAAAGGCUCCAGCAAGUGGAGGGUGGAUGAGACGCAGGUUUCAGACGAGGAGAUGAUGAAGAUGAGGAUGGAGCAGGAGAGGAUCCAGGCCAAGACCAGGGAGCUGAGGGAGCGCCAGGCCAGGGAACGGGACUACGCCGAAAUCCUGGACAUAAGCCGCACACCUGAGAGGGGCUCAGAAGAGGAGCACCCGUAUGCAGGCAUCAACCCCUUGAACAGCUCUGUGGACAGUGGGCACAGCCGGCCCCACAGCCCCCGGGACGAUUACCCCCACAUCCAUCCACACCACCAGCACCAGCACUCUGAUUCCCACUACACCCAAGUCAGCAAAGCUCGCAACGACCGGCCGCCUUCUGCAGACAGUAACCGGCUAGCCCCUAGCAACCACGACCGGAUACAGAGGCUGAGGCAGGAGUUCCAGCAGGCCCAGACCGUCCCGGACGACCCCGACGACCGCAGGAGGACCUACAGCUUUGAGCAGCCCUGGUCAAACACCAGCAGCAACGGUCAGGGCGCGUACAGCCAGCCGGGUCGCCACUCGGUGUCGGUCGAGGUUCAGAUGCAGCGGCAGAGACAGGAGGAGAGAGACUCCUUCGCCCAGGCACAGCGACAGUACAGCUCCCUGCCACGGCAACCCAGAAAGAACCCCAGCUCCAUCUCCCAGGACCCGUGGGAUAAAGCAUCCCCGCCCGGCGAAGGCUUCCAGACAGCAAAGGACAACCCCAGGUACUCUAGCUACCAGGGCUCCAGGAACGGCUACCCGGGCGGCGGCGGGGUCAACGCCAGAGUCCUUCUGGAGGCCCAGGAGCUCCUGAGGCAGGAGCAGAGGCGGCGAGAGCAGGAAGCCAAAGGGAAGCUAAUGCAGGAGAGCAUCGGUCACAGCAGCUAUGAGGCGUACCCUAGAGCGCACCUGAAGGACCCAGCCUCCCCCAAGGGUCCGUACCGCCAUGAUGUGCCACCUUCGCCCUCGCAGUUAGCAAGGCUUAAUAGAAUUGGGUCAGAGAAAGGAAGACUUUUUUAUUCUUGAGGAGUAUUGUUGGACUGAUGGAUGAAGAGCUGAACAGAGAACUUGUGCUUCGAAAGGGGGAUUACCUUGAAGAAACAAAAAGGUGGACGCUAUAAAUCUUGACAAAGGGACAACCUAGAGGACUUAUAGCUUAGCGAUGAUCCUAGAGGUAACCAGAUGUGAAGUGUACUCAGUAUGUGGGUCUUUGUUUUCAAUCCCUCGCUGUGCCGAUGACCUAUACCAGUCAGUCAGUCAGUCACCCUCCUACAGAUAUGAGACGCUCAGUGCCUUCUCUGCACUCACCAACACGAUGCUUGUUCACAGUCGUCCAGGACUCUGAUUCAUCGAGAUCUGGCACCGGCAUGUGCUGACAAUCAAAUGGGCAGACAGGCAAGUCAGUGGGCCUUCUUUAGAGCCCAUGGAGAGGCGUAAGUUUCUGUGUGGGUUUGUGUGUGGGCAUGUAACAAGGUUGCAUGUUUCACAAUCAAGUACAUGUGUCGUGGCGUCACAAAGUGUCCCGUGGAUGACUGGUCCCAUCGGUCCCAAAUCACCCUUUCUUCACUUCGCUAAAGUUAACAUUCAACCCCAUACUGGCACUGCCGGCGUUUCUCUGCAUUCUGUUUUCUCUACUUUCAGUGUUUUCUCCUCAGCGAUCAAGCUCUUUCACUAGAGUACUCCCCGGGGAGAAGAAAAAAAACAAGGCAAAGUGUAUGAAAGAAGCAGGGCACACUGUGUGUGUUAUUAAUAAAAAAGCCCCCCUCAUAAAUGAUUCAUAUCGUGUGUUAUCUCCAUGGAGGUGACCCAGGCAGAGAGGGUAGACAGCUCUGAUCCUCUGCCUGGCUCCCCUGCACCGCUCUGGGCUUGAUUUGCUGGCCCGCCUGCCUGUCUGUCUGGAGCUUUGGCUCCUCUCCUUCUCGACACCUCUCUGUUCAUUACCUUUCUUUCUUCUACCUCAACGCCCCCCACCUUCAUCCUCCUCUCCGCUCUGCUCCGCUCCUCGCUCAUCUCCCACCUUCCUCUCAUCUCAUCUCCCCCGGCCCCUCCCCCCUUACUCUUCCCCCUGCUACCCGCCACCACCCUCGUCCCCGUCUCCCGAGUCAGGCUCUGCACUGAAUUUUUCAUCACAAGCCACCUGCUGCCUGCCAGAGCCAAAGAACGCUGCCACCAGAGGAACCGACAGAGGGCCCGGCUUCUGACAUAAAGAGAGGAAUGAAAGCAACAACAAAAAAGAGGCAGAAUAAAGAUGGGUGGAUAGACAAUAAGCCUGCCAGUGUGAGAUUAGCUUGUACUUUUCUCCUGUUUAACAAAAGGCAAAAUUGUCUCAGGAGUAAAUUGCUUUUAAUUGGUUUUUGUAUUUUUUACCUUUUUAAGCAUUUGGCUGACACUCUUCUCCAAAAUUUACAGAAAUGUUUCUUAGAACUGCUUAUUUCCACACAAAAAAAUAGAUUGUAUGAAAACAUUUCAAAGUGUGGUCUGUGAAUUAUCCAGAGUAGAGCCUGGUCAGGGGUGUAGCACAAAGUUCUGGACCCCAUAGGCAUUCUCUGUGGGUUCCUCCCCAUAUCCACAGCUACAGUAUAUUUAUUUAUUUGUGGGCCCUCCUCACAUGAGGAUCAUGUAUACUCAAUCCCCCCCCAGUCCAACGCCCCUGGGCCUGGUUACAAUAGAAAGUGGCACUGCAACGUUCAUCUGCAAGACCACACAAAGUAGGCGGUGCAAAAACAUUACUGACAUAUUCGCAGGGCCAGAACAAUGCUGCGGUAGUCAGUCACAAUCAUGAUCACAAUAGCUCUCCGAGUUAGCUAGCUUGCUAACUGCCAGUUAGCGGACUUGUUACAUCAGUAACAGCACAGUAGGUUCACACCAUUUAUUCAGAAGACGUAUUUGGACCAUCGACUCCUGUCUUAUAGCUGUGCGUCUUUACGGAUGUAGUUGAUACUACAACAGAGGAGACUUUUUCGAAUGCUGUGAGGACCACACAUGAAAUUUAAUUUACCUCCACUGUAUUAGAGUGGAGACAGAAAUCUCAAAUCCUGGACAAAUUAAACCCAAACUAUCUAUGUUCUUGUAAUUUCUGUAAACUGACCCUUCAAGCA